AUGUUUCUCUACCAGCUGCUCAACUUUUUCUUUGCGGCCUCCAAAAAGGAGGAGGACUCUAAGUAUGACCUGUCCUUGUACAAGCGUGGAGACUUACUCGAGGUGCCUAGGACUUUAUUCACUCAUUUUGGUAUUUACCUGGGCAACAACAGGGUGGCUCACCUCAUUCCAGACAUCCUGCCCGCCAUUACCAAGGAUAAAUCUGCAAUAGCUAAAAUGGUGACAAACAACCGCCUGUUAAUGGGUGUCAUCACCAAGGUGGCCAGCGUCAGAGUGGACUCUGUGGCAGACUUUGCAUAUGGCUCCGAUAUCCUGAUCAAUCAUAUGGACAAAGUGUGCAGCCAGCCUCCAUUGGAUGGGGAAGAGGUUGCACGAAGGGCUGAGAAGCUGCUGGGAUCAGUCACCUACAGCUUGCUCUGGUACAAUUGUGAACAUUAUGUCAUGUACUGCAGAUUUGGCAUGGCCAUCAGCUACCAGACAUACCAGUUCUGCACCACAGUGCGUAAGAUCUUGUUCAGCAGAAUGAGCGCCUACCUGACUGCAUUGUGUGGCGUCUGCUUCAUGCUGUACCUGAGCUGCGUGACGCCGCUGACGGUUCUUCUAACUGUGCUCAUCUCCUUCACCAUAUGGAUGGCUUCCUAAGCAUUCAAUGUAAAAUAGCUCCAGAUAAAAGACUGCAAUCACAGAUAAAGAUAAAGUUCAUGUUCAUGUAGAAUUUACUUGUUUUUUAUUGUCUUCUACUAAUUUGGCAUGGAUUUUCAAAAUGAAGCAGGGACGAACAGCUCUUCAAAUGACUUUUAAUUAAAUGUUAAUACACCGCUGUUCAAAUGUUUACUGAACUCUUAUUGGUUGCUGUCAGAGGUGAGUAGUUUCAGUUCAGACAGUAAAAUCCUUUACACACAGAUUAGCCAACCAUUUGAAUUUCAAGCUACAAAGGACAGACAGGGUUUAAUGUUUAAAACAGUGGUCUUAAACCUCAGUCUUCAAGCAUUAGUGUAGUAUAUUGUGAAAUGAUCUGUUGUGCAGGGAUUGUUUAUGUUGUAGGAGUCUGCUAAAUCUAAUUACAGCUUGGAGUGACUGUGACUGUUCAAUGAUGUAGAAGU